AUGCCGCUCAUUGAUAUUUACCAACAUUUUGUGUUAACUGUAAGCUCGAACUGGAGUUCGAUCGUUGGCUGCCGAAAGAGGGCCAUGAGGACCUGUUCGGUGGCCAACGAAGUUCGGCCACCGAGUGGUUGCAGUACGGCAGAACCUAUCCGGAAAAAAGCGAUUUUAGGUGUCUACCAACCGAAACUGAAAGAGAGAUUGAUCGGUUGGUGGUCAUCGAUGAAACCUGUCGGUUACGAACUCUCGCUGAAGAAAGCAUGCGCAUAA